AUGUCAACCACUGCGUUUAUCUCUAGCAUAGCCAAAAGGCUUCAAGGAAAGGUAGCCUUAAUCACCGGCGGCGCUAGUGGUAUUGGUGAAUGCACCGCAAAAGUCUUCUCUCACCAUGGAGCUAAAGUAAUAAUUGCUGAUAUCCAAGACGAAUUAGGCCAUUCAGUUGUCGAGGCCCUAGGUCCUUCAAACUCCACCUACGUGCGUUGCGAUGUCACCGAAGAGGCCCAGAUAAAAAAUGUUGUGGACACAGCUAUCUCAACCUAUGGCAAGCUAGAUAUAAUGCUCAACAAUGCUGGCAUUGCCGAUGACAAUAAAUCACGCAUAAUCGACAACGAAAUGGCUGAUUUUGAACGUGUUCUUAAGAUUAACGUGACCGGAGUUUUCCUCGGCAUCAAGCAUGCAGCCCGCGUCAUGAUCCCAGCACGCAGUGGCACCAUAAUUUCAACUGCUAGUGUAAGCUCACUACUUGGUGCGGCAGCUUCACAUGCAUACUGUUGCUCAAAACAUGCUGUGUUAGGACUGACAAGAAAUGCCGCAGCUGAGCUUGGACAGUUCGGCAUUAGGGUUAAUUGCUUAUCUCCUUACGCGCUCGCAACUCCUUUAGCAAGGAAAUUUAUUGGGGUGGAUGAUGAUGAGGCGCUUGAAAUUGCGAUGAAUUCAUUUGCUAAUCUGAAGGGUGUGACCCUUAAGACAGAAGAUGUUGCCAAUGCAGCUCUUUAUCUAGCCAGUGAUGAGGCAAGAUACAUUAGCGGGCAUAAUUUAUUUAUAGAUGGAGGCUUCAGCGUUCAAAACCCGACAUUCCAGAUGUUUCAGUAUCCAGAUUCUUGA